CUGCAAAGUACAAGAGGCUGACGAAGCAGCCGGCGCGUCAUCAGAUCAGUGCCGACUAUGAAAUGGUGCUCAAAGCGAUUGAGAAUACGAUUGCCCAAUCUCAUAGAAAUGAGGAGCUAUUAUCCUUCGAAGAUGGCAAAAAAGAUGGGAGUGAGGAUGUGGCUGACCCUUGGGUCCACCUAUAUGCAAAAAUUAUGAGCAAGGUAUCAGUAUCAUUAUUUUUCUCUACCUUGGCUUGAAGGACUUAGGUCGGAUUUGAUUGGAGCGUGUUCCUCUUUCCAGUCGAAGGAUCGGAGUUCCUUGCUUGGUUUUCAGAUAAGUGCGCAAGAAUGUGAUCAGAGUAGUUUUUGCUUUCAUUCUGUUAAGCCAAAACUACACACGCUCUCUUGUCCCAUUUCUCAGACAAUGGCCGAGCAGCAGCUUUAUGUGUUGGAGCAGAUGAAUCAAGAACGCUCGUUGAGUCCGACGAAACGACACAAGCGCUCAGGCGCGACCCAUGCUGCACAAGUAGACCUGCAGGAGCAGCGGCAACGAGGUGAAACCUCAGUAAACAUCUUGCAGCAGAUGGAGAAGGAUACUGCGACUGAUCUGAACAAGGGAGCCUCGCAGAACGUCGUCUACUCCAUGAUGGGUGGUGGAGUCGAUGCUGCCGCAAAGUUCCUGGCAACAUGUGACCAGAAAGCUCAUGACAGUUCACAAAAAGAACUAGAGCAUGCAGAAGAAGAAGUAAGAAAGACACAGAAGAGAAUCGAUAAUUUGGCGGACGACUUCAAGAUGGACAUCGAGAAGCAGGAAGAAGAAACCGGUGAGGAAUACGACGAGAUCGUGGAGGACAACUACCCGCACUUUGGUGAGCUUUGGGAGCCGUAUCAUAAAGAUGACUUCCUUUUCAUCAAGCAGAAGGCAACAGGGUACUACAUCGAUUACCACUUCCACACUUUCAAUCAUCCGGAAUGCCAGAAGGCUUUGCAAGAGACAAUGGAGAUAGUGCAUGAGAUGAACGACGAGUAUGAACUUCUGAAAGAGGGCAAGAGGUGUGGAUUUGAAGAGACAAAGAAGAAACUUCUAGUAGAACUUGCACAAAAGCAGCAGAAUCGCGAUAGACUCCUUCGCGAAUUCGAAGGAAAAACUCAGACUUCCAAUUCUGGCAAUGCGUUUAUGGGUUCGCAACCAAUGGAAGUAGACUCAUCGUCAUCAUCGUCAUCAUCUUCUAGGAAGGUGUCAGCAGUGGUUGUUCAUCAAAAAGCGAACCCAAACAAUUUGGGUGAGGCGCUGGACAUCGUGAGUCAAAACGCCCUCACGCUGAGGGGAUUUACUCCUAGUCCUACGCUGGAAAUGUUUCAAGCGGUGUUGCCGGCAGUUCAAGCCAAGAGCGCAGAAAAGAGCGUGAGAAACGCUAUCAAGGAGUGCUAUGAAGGUGAUGCCGAUAAUGUGAUUAGCCAUUUGGUGCUGAACUGCACGUGGCAAGACUUUCUUCGCGAAUUCUUCGAAUACCACGGAACCACGGCCAAGCAAUGGGUAUAGUUAUUAUAUUACUCUUGCAAGCCGUUGCAUUUGUAUAAUUCGUUAUCACUGUUCUCGUCUGUGGUCGCUUAUUCGUGUACUUUUUAGUGAACUGUAGCUGUCUACUAGAUAUUGUUCCUCAUGUAUCCCUAUGAUGACAAACCUCAACACUCACGAAAGAAUGACUUAUCUCAUUGUCUCUCCCACAGGCUGACAAUAUUGGGGAGAUGCAGGACGCACUGAGCGGUAUGCGUACUGCUGUCAAUAGAUCAGGCAGCAACGAUGACAAGGUCACCAAGCUUGAGGAUUUGCUUGAGAAAUUUGCGCAGCCGGCGAACUCCCCCUCUCAUGCUCAUUUUCUUCUGGACAAUUACGAGAAAUUGUUUCUGCUGGGCAAGGGCGUUUAUGUUGGUGAAGAACUGAAGAAGAAAUAUCAAAUCGAGGAGCAGGACUUUAGUAAGGCUGCCCUGGCUUGGAAACCAAAAAUGCCAUGGAACUCGAACGUCGUCGACGAGUAUGCUCCACGGGAUUACCAGGUAAGUCGUCACUCUCUACCUUAAAAGAGUCAAAGUCGUCUGGUUUUCAUAUCUUAUUAACUACUUACAAAGAUGAAGCGAGCCGUAUCACCUACGAAGUUACUCUGUUGAAGGAACAGCUUCUGCAUACCUCCACAAAAUGCUCUCUAUCAGAUCGUCUCGGAGCUGCUAGGCCGACUCGCGUUGGUAACUUUGAAGCCCCAGGCUGUAGCUCAACGCGGAGAAAUCGUGGAGCAGAUCAAGUCACAAAAUCAAAUCCGAAGUCCCGGCCUGAUGAAACUCUUUAAAGAAAAAGUGAUCCAAUGGCUGUCCUCUUUUCACGCUGACGACGCCUUCUAUCGCUUCGGCUGUGCGUGCAAGAAGCGUACCUAUAAUGAUAACGCCUUGAUGACUUCUAUUUGCCAUUUCUACCUCGAUAGACUUAGACUCUGAAUUGUCUGCGCGUGGUGUUUCUUGUGAUUCAGAUAUGUAUCUAUGAAAUAUUAUCCCAAGCACUUCAUUACUCCUCAUCUUGUCAACUCAUGCUCAAUCUCAGAGGACUUGGUUGGUCACCGCGGAGAAAAUUUAUGCCGAGGAGCUGGACCUGUACACAGAGUAUGGACAAGUGGCUCACUCAACUUUGUCCAGCCUUGCGGGCUGCCUAUUCGCGCUCAAACAACAGGCCAACAUGGCAACCGGAAACGAAAGUGCUCUCAUCGACCAAAGCGCAGCUGUGAAGUCGGAGUACUUGAAGAUGAAGGACCAAAUCGUCGGCAGGCAUAA